UAUUUUUAGACAGAAUGCAUAUCUUACAUCCUGUUUAAUUUGUAUUAAAGAUGGUGGUUGUCCUGAUUGAAGCAAAUCGGUAGCUGUUAUGGUAAUUUUUAAUUGCCCUCUUGAACUACAGCUGAUAUGUUAUUACUUUUACUCAGUCACACAGUUGUUUUAUUAAGAGUUUCAGCUCAACAUAACCUAACGCCGUUUGGCACAGCUACUCAAAUUUCUACGUAUUCGAUUGGAUUUCCUCAAAAUGCUAUUAAACCACCUGUAUCAAACGCGUUUUCCUUUGAUACUUGUUCACACACAGGCAUUGUCAGCAGAACACCAGCUUGGUGGAUGUUUCAAUUCUCAUUCGAAUUUGCUUACAUCACAGAUAUAACAAUUUACUACCGAGAACUAUAUGCGUAUCGUAUGGAUGGGUUUAAGCUAUAUGUGACCAAUACAUCAACCAUUCCACCUGUCGGUUAUCUUUGCUAUGAAGAUCCUGAUCCUGGUUUGCCAAACAUCACACAAACUAUUCCUUGUAACCAAGUCGGACAGUAUAUCAUAUAUUAUGAUGCAAAAGGAGAGAGUACUUAUGGGCCUAUAAUUGAACUUUGUUAUGUUGCUAUUAAUGGUUGCCGAAAGGGUUUUUGGGGAAGUAACUGCGAGAAAGUGUGUUCCGAAUAUUGCAUAGAAAAUCAUUGCUACCCUGGAAAUGGGUCUUGCAUUUUUGGAUGUAAAACUGAAAACUGUUUGAACGAUAUUUUUCAUAAAUUUACCGGAGUUUGUACCGAUGGUUGCAAGGAAAGACGGACAGGAGACUACUGUAACAAGUAUAACCUGGCAUAUGACAGUUCAGUCCUUAUAAAUCCAAAUAGUAGAUACCCAGGUAGUCUUGCAAAAGAUGGAAGUAAAAUCUCAUGUGCAAAAACAAAAGGUCCUACCAUAACAUUUCAAGUUGACCUCAAAUACGAAAGCAUUGUAACAGGUGUGCAUAUAUGGUUUGGUGAAAAUACUUCGAAGGUCGGAAGUCAUAUUGUUUAUGCUUCAAAUACAAGCAAUUCUUGGAAAACUGGUACUGUUUUAUACGAAGAAAUAGUUUUGCCUACAAGAAUCAAUGUUAGUGCCGUUUUCAGAUACUUGACUUAUGUACCUCCAGUUCAGGGUACAUCUUCAGAACUUGACGUUUGUGAAAUUGGAGUUAUUGGUUGUCCUCCUUCGUAUUAUGGUCCUGUAUGUAGUAAACUGUGUCCGACUAACUGUUACGGACCUUGUGAACUUGAAGCUGGUAACUGUAUAUUUGGUUGUCUAAACGGAUGGAUUGGUAAUAAUUGUGACCAAGCAUGUCAGAAUGGUAAAUAUGGUAAAAAUUGUCUUGAGACAUGUUCAGCAAACUGUGUAAAUCCUCAAUGUAACAAAAUGACCGGAGAAUGCAUGGGAGGAUGCAAUGAUGGUUGGCUGGAUUCUAAUUGUACACAAAAAUGUCCGUUAGGUAAAUUUGGGAAAAACUGUUCAGAGUUUUGUGAAGGAUGUAUAUCACAUAUGUGUGAUUAUGUUAAUGGUAUAUGUGAUAACUCAACUGCAUGUAAACCUGGAUAUGUGUACGAUAAGUACUGUAAUACAACAUGCAGGGAUGGUUUAUAUGGUAGUAACUGUCUUCAAAUAUGCUCAUCAUUUUGCUUACAUGCACCUUGUGAUCAUAGAACAGGAUAUUGCAUAGAUGGAUGUAUUCGUGGAGUGCAUGGAACUAAUUGUAUGCAAGUUUCUGUAAAAACAGCAGAAAGGGUUAUUGACGUCGCUCUCCGGAUUGGACUUUUUAUUGGAGGUGUUCUUUUAGGAAUACUCAUAACAGUUGCGGUGUGUUUUGUAAUUAGGAAAAAACGACAAUCAAAGAAAAGGCAAGGCAAAGAUAAUGUGUCAAAGAAAACACAGAGUAAAGAUCCACAACAUUAUGACGAUGUUAGAAUGGAAAAUGUAUCUACUUAUCAGGAUCUCAGAAUGGAGACGGGAGCAAAUGAAUAUGACCAGAUAUGCCAGAUAAACACAGCAUAUGACAAUCACUGAGACAUAAACUGAUAUAACGUCAUCUAACAGGGGGAAAACUAAUGGAUAUUGAGCAUGUUCAGUACAGUUAGUGAUCUACACGAUGUGAUGUAUGAGAUUGAAUCAUCAAUGGGAUAAUGAUUGGUGUAUUGAUAGACAUAUGGAGAAAGUAUAAAAGAAUAUAACAUCACAAAAAAAAACAUUUUUGUGAUAUUGUAUCUCUCAUUGCUAUUCAACUUUGUCUUUGUGUUUAGCUUGAUAACAAUUUUGAUCGUAGCGUCACUUUUGAGUCUUAUGUAGACGAAACGCGCGUCUGGCAUCGUAAAUAAUAAGACUGGUACAUUUGAUAACUAUCAAGACUUGCUUAUUUUAUAUAAUAUUUUGUAGUGUUGUGUAUCAUUGUUAUAUGAUGCAUCGUUCCGUAACAACUAUUACUGACUAUUUUUGCAGACAUUUGAUAAAUACUAUGUAUAUAUAUGUGUGUAAGUAUAGAUGUGUGUUGAUGAAAGUGUCUGAAUUCUACAUUUUAUUUUGCUUUCAAACCUCGUUUGUGUUUUCUAAGUUAUGUAAGGAACUUGUUAAAUAUGUCGUAUAAGUUUUAGAAUUAUAUUAUUCCUAACUAUUUCGAUUCAAAUAUAUGUGUUUCCUUUUUGCUGGACCAUUUUUUUGUCCCUAAUUGUUAUAAAUCACUUUUUAAAUCAGCAUGAUAUAUUUGACAAACAUAUAUAAAAAGAGGGGAGGCUAAUUAAGGUAAACGUGAGGUGGAAGAUAAUAAAGGCACAUUCAAACUCGAGACAAAGUCAAUAGUAAAAUGAUAGAGUCAAGGAAAAAAACCCGACAAAUGAAAAACACAACACAUUACAUAGAAGACAAAAAACUGGGGAACAUAAAAUCCUCCAAAAAAAUUGGAAAGAUUUUAGAUGCUCCGAAAGGGAAAAAUAUUUUUAAAGUGCUUUUCCUUGAUGCUUCGAUAUCACUUCAAACCACUGAAAG